GAACAGUGCGGUGUGUCGUCGCCGUCGUCGUCAUCGCCGUCAUCAUCAUCAUCAGCGUUACGCGAUACCGCGCCGAGGUGCGUCGCCGGCUGUUGUGCUCCACGACGCUCGCGACGACGACCGAGACUCCGGCCGAGACUGCGGCAGUAGUUGAGGAGGGAACCUGUGAAAAGAGCCACCGCCAAACGCAAGGCGACAAGUGUACGCGCGCGGGCGCGUUGACGAGAGAAUACUCGCAGCAAAUUGUCGCGGCAGAGUCGGAGAUCCGGUACAUCUAAACAUGGAAUUGACACGAUUACCUUCGACACUGGCUCUGGCUUUGGCCCUGGCCUUUCUUUCGACAGUACACCGUUGUGACGCCGCCUCAGAAAGUAUAAUAGGAAGCCGGGAGACCUGUGACAUCGAGGGGGAAGAUAUCACCGUCGACAAGAUCCUGAACACGAGCUGCUUCCGCUGCAUUUGCAAGAACGGCUUCGUGGAGUGUUUGAAGCGACAAUGCCCGAACAUCGAAGGUUGCUAUGCACUGCUAGACCCACGCGACGACGAGUGCUGCCACACAUGCACAGGGUGCAAACAGAACGGCGUUUAUCAUGCAUCGGACACGGAAUGGACGGAGGAAAAGGAUCCCUGCCAAAUAUUUACCUGUAAAGCGGGUGUUAUCACCAAAUCAGAACUACUGUGUUACACGCCCUGCUCCCAUCCGAAAGAGGCCCCGCCUGGCCAGUGUUGUCCCAUAUGCGAAGGAUGCUUAGCAAACGGGCAGAAGGUAACGGAGGAUCGAUCGGUGACAACGACGGAGGACCCCUGUGUAACCUGCAGGUGCAACAAAGGACACCUCACCUGCGCGAAGCAAGCCUGUCCAACGCUUAAUUGUCCUCCCUCGAGGAUCGUCAACGAACCUGGGGAAUGCUGUCCGCAUUGUCGAGGUAGUGCAAGAUUUUUCUCGCCUCCGAAAGGCGCGUGCAUGCUCGGCACGCGUUUGUAUGACUCGGGCAGUGUGUUUCGCCCGGAUCACUGUACGGACUGCACCUGCGCCAAUUCGGCGCUCUCGUGCGAGAGGAAGACCUGUCCGAUACUGGACUGUCCCAAAGAACAUCAGACGAGGGAGCUCAACAACUGUUGCCUGAAAUGCCCGCAGGUCGAGGAGAGCAGAGCCUCUUGCUCUUACGGCGGAAGAACUUAUGUGGAUGGCGAAAAUUGGAAGCUGGAUUCCUGCAAGACAUGCACCUGCAAACAGGGUAAAGUACGCUGCGCAAUGCCUCAGUGUCCGCCGAUGAACUUUCGUUGCCCGCCAAAUUCCAGAUUGGAGCAUCCGGAAGGACAAUGCUGUCCGCGAUGUGUCGAGCGCGACGGAGUUUGCACGGUUUUCGGAGAUCCGCACUAUCGUACAUUCGACGGUAAAUUCUACAACUUCAAGGGACCAUGCAAGUACCAGCUGGUUACCGAUUGUUUCUCUCACACAUUCAGCAUACGGGUGACCAAUGAUGACAGAAAAACGAAAUUCUCAGCAUGGACCAAAACUAUUGCCAUAAAGAUCGGCGAUUUGAAAGUAAAUCUUGGUCAGAAAAUGAGAGUGAAGGUAAACGGCAAGAAGGUGACUGUUCCUUAUCGCGUUGCUAACCAACUGGACAUCAAUCGUACGGACGACAGUGUGAUUGUCAAUACGCGGAUCGGGAUCAAGGUGCAUUGGGAUGGUAUCAGCUUUCUCGAAGUGUCUGUGCCUUCGUCGUACAGGGGCCAAUUAUGCGGUCUUUGUGGUAAUUUCAAUUCCCAAAUCAAAGACGACUUUACUAUGCGACAUGGUCGAGUGGUGCAGGAUCAGCAGCUGUUCGGUCAAUCCUGGGCCGUGGGUAUUGCCAAGAAAUGUGGCGCCCGAAGAAAUUCUACCUCGAAAUUCGGAAAUAUUACCAGGCAGAGACGUUGUCGAGAAAGAAAAGAUCAACGAUUAUGUAACCGACUGAAAUCACAGAUCUUCUAUCCGUGCCACAAGAAGGUGAAUCCGGCGAUGUACUUCAAAGCCUGCCUCCAAGACAUGUGCGAGUGCCCGACCCAGCACUGCUAUUGCGAGUCCUUCGUGGCGUACGCGCACGAAUGCAAGCGACUCGACAUCCCACUGCCACACUGGCGGAAAGCCACGAGGUGUCGGACCAUUUGGGACCAACCAAUAAGUUCGACAAAUUUCCCUCGCCACUUACAUUAAUCGCGCACUUUGUCCACCGCCGCGUCCGGCCGCUGAAAACUCUCAACUCCCGAGGGACGUGCAGCAAGAACGGCUGCGUCAAACUUUGGGACACAUUCUGCAUGCAUUUAGAGAAAUCACUUUAUAUACGCUCCCAUUCCUCUUCUUCCUUUUCCCUUUCUAACACACCCGAGAUAACUUUUUUUUUUUUUAGUAUACGCGAAUAAUGAAGAAGAGAUACGAUGCUGGAAUUCAGAUAUUUGGAAUUAACGUUCUGCACGUAGAGCUAUAAAGACACUCUAAAAUGCGCGAGAUAAUCGAGAAAGAGCAAAAUUCUCUCGGAAAAUUCGGAAUUCCCGAAGUCGAAUUUUUUUUAUUGAGAGCAAAAUGAAGCUUCCGAUUAAAUACUCAGCGAGCGAAUAGCAUAAGGAACGUGGUACUCUUCUUAGUACCCUAUGACAUAUACGAGGGAUUAAUGCGAAAUAAGUAUUCAUAAAUGCUUAUUUAUUCGCGGGGCAACGUAAUGCACGCGGCACUUAUAAGUCUCUACCGUCUAUAAUGAGAAACGGCAAUAGACUGUUAAUGCGGUAGAAAAUGUUUCGCCGCUUGCGUUGAAAAUGUAUAAUACGAACGGCCGUAUGUAUGUACGUAUGCAGUCAUACUGCCACGCCGUCGGAAUAAUCUUAGUAUUGUAUUACGACAAACGACGUGUGUAACUGUUAACAAUGAUGAAGCAUAAAAUAGUUAAAAUUUUCUCUCGAGUCCGCGAGCUACCAGCUUAUGUCUCUCCUCUUCGACAUUCUUCGCGCGAUGUUAUCUUUCUAUUCCCCCAAGAGCUCUUUCAGUCUUGCGGGAGCGCACAGACCGGACGCGGCGGAGUGCUCGGCGAGAAUCUACUAGUCACCACUUCGUAUCAAUAUGCAUUAACGUGAAUUUUUUCAGUCAGACUCUGACUCGAGUGUCUCCUAGUAGCGACUGUUCGCCGACGCGGAGCGGCGGCGAUUUCGCGCUCAUUCGUACGGAAAUCUCACACGUGGAUCACAAGUACGCAGCACAAGUGCGCAGCCAUGACGCCCGGGAACAUGGAUCUCACGUGUAUGUGUGCUUCACGAUUUCACGCGAAAUCCCGUAGGGCGUAGAUAAUCCGAAAGGAGAGCAAAAUGCGAGUCGUGCAAAUGACGAUCUUGUGUCGCGCAGGGUGAAGCACAAAAAAAAGCAAAAACUCAUAUUUAUAACGCCUAUAAAUUGAAACUUGGGACGUAAUUUAAUUCUGAAUCUUAUAUGUCAGUGUGUAGGUUCGCGUACAUUAUUGUGAAUCGAGAAUGAUAUAUCGUUCCAUAGGCUCGCCCCCUCAUGUGUGAGAUACGUUGAAUUAUUAUCGAACAAAAUUGAUGUAACACACCGUGAUUGAUAAUAUGUAUUCAGCAUCAUUGAUUGUAUUGUAAUUUCAUAAUUAAUAUAAUUAUUAUCGGCAUUUCUUAAUAAUCUAUAUGGAUGCUGCCUUACGAACUUUAUAUGUACUUCAUUGAGAGGCUUACGUACGAUCACUCGAAUAAUCGCAGAAGAUAGAGUAUUGAUCAAAAGAUAUGUAUACUUUAUAAAACAAAACCGAUAUGCUUGAAUUCAUGAGGAUUUCAGCAGUUUGUAGUAGCAGAUGGCGAGAUGUGUCUUGCAAUGUUUCGAAACACCGUGCAGUAUUUCGGCCGAUGAGCAGGCUCGCGGCAUAGCAUGUAUGUACAUCCCAGUUUAACGCAAUCGAUCGAUUAUAUGUAUAUGUAUGUGUACACAUAUAUAAAUAUGUAUAUGGACUCGCGGAUCCUUUGAAUCCACAGAUCCGUGUCUCUGCCGGACCUUAUAUUCGUAUAUCUGUGUUCUGUAUCUUCUCGCGGCUCUUCGCAUUAACGAAGAUUCGCGAAUUCAAUGAAUUGUCGAAUCAAAUUUGACGAAUCAUAUAGAUCUGCGGUUUUUCAAACUCUUGCUUUUUAAGAUAUCUUUGAAAUCUUUUCGAUCUUUUCGAUCGAAUUCCGGAGAUUACACGUCUAAACGGAUUUCUAGAUACGUUGCUCCUUCAGUUCAGCAAUGAGUUGACAAUUCCACGAAUCUUUUGAUCCAUAAAUCCACGAUCGCUCUAAAUUUCUCAGAUUCAUAAAUUUCCACGGAUCCGGAUAUACAUAGAUAUUAAUUCAUUACAUUCGCCCUGAAUGCAAUGAAUUCGGAAUCCACGAAUUGCGCUUGCACUCAUGAAUCGCGGCUUCACAAAUAUAUUGUUCUAUUUCUAGAUUUCUGUCAUAGAUCUCUGAUCUCAUUGUAGAUCUCCCGUUUUAUACAGAUCCUUGGAUUCACAGCUCGCCGCGUUUACCAGACUCUUACAUUUUCGUCAUGUAGAAUUAGAAGGGAGCAUUUUCCCGUGUUGUCUUCGACGACAAGUACACCCUUUUAUAUAUUAUGUAUACAACAUAUGUAUGUAUAAGUAGCGUAUAACGUAUAUAUAUAUAUUUUAGUUUUAGUGAAGCGUUUAAAAAGUGUACAUAGAAAGACACGAUUAUUAACGUUAAGCAAGGCAUGGCUUUCAAUAACGAGCCACAAUUUUUAACUGACUUUUAUAUUAUUCCCUUUUUUACUCUGUUUCUUUGUUCGACUUUCUUCUCUUUGUCCCUUCAUACUUAUUUCUUUCUCUUACUUUCAUCUUUACCAAAUUAUUACAAAAAAUUUUGCAAAACAAUAGAAGCUACUUUUGCGAAAAGCGACACGGAAACAAUAUUUUAUUUUUUUUAUCUUAGCAAAACUGUAUAUAGUCGAAAUACACUGUAAUUAAUUAUCAUCGACGAGUUUCGGCGUGGAAUGAAACCAACUUUGUAUACCGGGUAGUCCAAAGCGUUAGCUAACUUUUAUCGACUUUAGCGUAGAGCUAAUAGUGUAGAGCAGAAAGUUAUGAGCGUAAUAAAUCAAUUAUAUUCGUAAA